AUGAGCAGGUUUAUAUCAAAAACGCAGUAUGCUAUUCAACAUAUACUUUUUAAAACAACACUCACGAUGGGAUUCACUGUAAUUAGUGGCUGUUUUCCUAUGUUAUACAUACAAUCGCAUAUCUUGAUACCACAAUUCUUAUCUAUGAUAAUGGCUGCUUUACAACGUAUGUAUAUUACAGCGUGGGCAGCUAAUGAUUUGAAGGAAAUCGAACACGGUAUUCUGUAUACUCCUGCGGAACUGAGUGGCGGUCUUGGAUCUUUGGGGUUUCUUAACACAAUAUCCGAACUAUCUACAAACCACCCAAGAAGAUAG